GCCCGGCCUCGGGCCUCGGAGCGGCGCCGUCUCUCCUUUACUCCCUCCCUCCCUGCCCAGCUCCUCCUCCUCCUGCUCCUGCUCGCUCGGGCUCCGGCUCCGGCGCCGGCUCCGGCUCCUCCCGGCAGCCCGGGGCCAAGGCGACGUGAGAUUGUAAAAAUCCAUGUGGGACGGCCCCGGGGUGAGCAUCAGAAAGAUCUCUGGAGUCAUUUUCUGGUACAGACUGUGAAAAGAAUGCAGUGAAAAUUCUGGGCAACAGUGGCUUAAUUGGCUUAACCUCCAACUUAGUAUAGCAUUCCUUCUCUUCAGUAGUACCUCAUAAUACAGGAAAAAUGUAUGGAAGUGCAAGAACAAUCACCAAUCUGGAAGGCAGCCCUUCCAGAUCUCCUCGUUUGCCAAGGUCUCCUCGUUUGGGCCACCGAAGAACAAGUAGUGGGGGAGGUGGAGGAACAGGCAAGACUCUGUCCAUGGAAAAUAUCCAGUCCCUUAAUGCAGCCUAUGCUACAUCUGGACCCAUGUAUCUGAGUGACCACGAGGGAGUGGCUUCAACAACUUACCCAAAGGGCACUAUGACACUGGGAAGGGCCACAAAUAGAGCUGUAUAUGGAGGCCGAGUCACAGCCAUGGGGAGUAGUCCCAAUAUUGCUUCUGCUGGACUUUCCCACACAGAUGUCCUUUCAUACACGGAUCAACAUGGUGGUCUGACCAGCUCAUCCCACCAUCACCACCACCAGGUCCCCUCCAUGUUGAGGCAGGUAAGGGAUAGCACAAUGUUAGACCUUCAAGCCCAGCUCAAGGAACUUCAGAGAGAGAAUGACCUCCUCCGGAAAGAGCUAGACAUCAAGGACAGCAAGUUGGGAUCUUCCAUGAACAGUAUCAAGACCUUCUGGAGUCCCGAGCUCAAAAAGGAGAGAGUCUUAAGGAAAGAAGAGGCAGCCAGGAUGUCUGUCCUCAAGGAGCAGAUGAGGGUUUCCCAUGAAGAAAAUCAGCACCUGCAGUUGACAAUCCAGGCACUUCAAGAUGAGCUGCGAACCCAGAGAGACCUCAACCAUCUCCUGCAGCAAGAGAGUGGUAACCGAGGAGCCGAGCACUUUACCAUUGAACUGACCGAGGAGAACUUCCGGCGGCUCCAAGCUGAGCAUGACAGGCAGGCUAAGGAGUUGUUCCUAUUGAGGAAGACCUUGGAAGAAAUGGAGUUGAGAAUCGAAACACAGAAACAGACCCUCAAUGCCCGAGAUGAGUCAAUUAAAAAGCUCCUUGAGAUGUUGCAAAGUAAAGGCUUGCCGUCCAAAAGUCUUGAGGAUGACAAUGAACGGACGCGGCGGAUGGCAGAAGCUGAGUCUCAAGUCAGCCACUUGGAAGUGAUUUUAGACCAGAAAGAGAAGGAAAACAUACAUCUUAGAGAGGAAUUACACCGAAGAAGCCAACUUCAGCCGGAGCCAGCUAAGACGAAGGCUCUCCAGACUGUCAUUGAAAUGAAGGACACAAAAAUCGCUUCAUUGGAGCGAAACAUAAGGGAUCUUGAGGAUGAGAUCCAGAUGUUAAAAGCCAAUGGUGUGCUGAACACUGAGGACCGCGAAGAAGAGAUAAAACAAAUAGAGGUUUACAAAAGUCACUCCAAGUUCAUGAAAACUAAGAUUGACCAGCUGAAGCAGGAACUUUCAAAGAAGGAGUCAGAACUUCUUGCCUUACAAACAAAGCUUGAAACCCUUAGCAAUCAGAAUUCAGAUUGCAAGCAACACAUUGAAGUGCUUAAAGAGUCGCUUACUGCCAAAGAACAGAGGGCUGCCAUCCUUCAGACUGAGGUAGAUGCACUGAGAUUACGACUAGAAGAGAAAGAAUCUUUUCUCAAUAAAAAAACGAAACAGCUGCAGGACCUCACGGAAGAGAAGGGUACACUGGCUGGAGAGAUUCGUGACAUGAAGGAUAUGUUAGAAGUGAAGGAAAGGAAAAUUAAUGUUCUUCAGAAAAAGAUUGAAAACUUACAAGAGCAACUUAGGGAUAAAGACAAGCAACUGACCAAUCUGAAAGACAGAGUGAAGUCCUUGCAGACUGAUUCCAGUAAUACGGACACUGCGCUGGCGACACUCGAGGAGGCUUUGUCAGAGAAGGAAAGAAUAAUUGAGCGUUUGAAAGAACAGCGGGAGAGAGAUGAUCGAGAAAGACUAGAAGAAAUAGAAUCAUUCCGAAAAGAGAACAAAGACUUGAAAGAGAAAGUCAAUGCAUUACAAGCUGAACUGACUGAAAAAGAGUCUAGUUUAAUUGACCUCAAGGAACAUGCAUCUUCAUUAGCCUCAGCAGGGCUGAAAAGGGAUUCCAAAUUAAAAUCUCUAGAAAUAGCCAUUGAACAAAAGAAAGAAGAAUGUAGCAAAUUGGAAGCACAAUUAAAAAAGGCUCAUAAUGUUGAAGAUGACUCCAGGAUGAACCCAGAGUUUGCAGACCGAAUAAAACAGCUUGAUAAAGAGGCAUCUUAUUACCGUGAUGAGUGUGGCAAGGCUCAAGCAGAAGUCGACCGGUUGCUGGAGAUCCUCAAGGAGGUGGAGAAUGAAAAGAAUGACAAGGACAAGAAGAUUGCAGAACUUGAGAGCUUGACUCUCAGGCAUAUGAAAGAUCAGAAUAAGAAGGUGGCCAACCUCAAGCACAAUCAACAGUUGGAAAAAAAGAAGAAUGCCCAGUUACUGGAAGAAGUCCGCAGGCGAGAGGAUAGCAUGGCCGACAACUCUCAGCACUUGCAGAUAGAGGAACUGAUGAAUGCACUGGAGAAGACUAGACAGGAACUGGAUGCCACCAAGGCACGCCUUGCCUCCACGCAGCAAUCCCUGGCUGAAAAAGAAGCACACUUGGCCAACCUUCGGAUAGAAAGGAGAAAACAGCUGGAGGAGAUUCUGGAGAUGAAGCAGGAAGCACUGCUUGCAGCAAUCAGUGAAAAAGAUGCAAACAUUGCCUUGCUGGAAUUGUCUGCCUCCAAAAAGAAAAAGACACAGGAAGAAGUCAUGGCCCUCAAGCGGGAAAAAGAUCGACUGGUGCAUCAGUUAAAGCAGCAGACCCAGAACAGAAUGAAGCUGAUGGCGGACAACUAUGAUGAGGACCACCACCACUACCACCACCACCACCAUCACCACCACCACCGAUCUCCUGGGAGGUCGCAACAUUCCAAUCACAGGCCUUCUCCUGACCAGGAUGACGAGGAGGGCAUAUGGGCAUAGCCGGGCCUGUAAACCAAAGUUCCAGUUUUGUUUUGAGGGAUGAUCCAGCUCUGUCGGAGGCAUGGAGGCACAGUCAAAUCUCAUGCUGUACAUUGAUCACCUGUCCAACCUUUGCCUAGAGUGGGAGCCCCCAGUUCCUUCAAGAGAUCCAACUUUACCUGUCUGUAAAGAAGAAGAGGAGGAGGGAGACAGCAGGGAGGAUCCGGUGGCAGUUUAACACCAGAGCAGCUAUCAGAAGGGCUGACUAAAGGGGAAAUGCAGCUCUGCAGCAAUACUCUGAUAAUCUAUUGCAGCACAGCUCCCAUCACUGUCCAUCACCACCUGGAAUGCUCAUCAGGACCGAAGAGGAAUUUUUACUUUCAUUAUGAGCCCGAUUCUUUUCGACUUGAUAUUUCCUUCAUCACCUUAUGUCCUUUCUCACGGAUGCAGACCUGUUGGAAAGGAAGAAAGCACAGGAGGAGAAAAUGGUGGAGCCUCCUUUUUUUUUUUUUUUUUUUUUUGGUCAGGAUUUGGAUAUUUCAAAUGCAUUCAUCUCUUCGGAAUGUCAUUAUUUGAUAACAUUUUACUUACGUUACUUAAACAUCACUGGAUAAAUUUGAACUCCAUGGGAUUUUUACUGUGGAUUCAGCUUCAAUUGGACAACUAGCUUCAUCUCCUGUUUCUCUGCCGGUUCAGUCUAAGUAGUCAUUCCUAAUGCAUUAGAUUAUCAAAAGGUGUAAAUCCUGUGAGUGAGUGGUGUUGGCAGUGCUUGUAUGCCAAGAUGCAUGGAGUGUUUGACAGAAAAACCAAAACACCAAAAAUGGUGAGCCUUUACCCUCCUCUGUUUCUUUAACCCGCUGUGUGAAGAACUACAUUUUGAUGGUAUAACCAGUAGUUACCUCUGGGCCAGGUUGGAAAUGAAAUCAAUUUUUUAAACCACUAAUACUUGCCAAGAAAUCGCCUUAUGAGAACAUGGUUGUGUGUCUCUGACAAUGCAUGGCACAUCUAAAUUGACCAUUCAUAGUUCUACCUACCCUGUUUUGUACUGGGGAGUGGCCAUAGCCUGAGGCACCUGCAUAUUUCUGCUCUGUGUGUUUCGUACAUCUCCCGCGGCUGGGAUUCGGCCGAGCCUCAGACUCUUACCAUUCCCGUACAUGCAGGUCUCCAUGAAGAAGCUGGGACUCAUUCACAUUCAAGAUCCAAAUGCUGUGCAAACAGUGUAAGCUUAGAUCUUCUGUAAACGAAGGGUCAUUUCUCAUUUUUUGAAAAUGUCUCCAAUGUGGAUUCCAAAACAUUUUCAGCAUCAAACAUGAAAACAUUGAUGAAUGAGGAAUAAUCACAAAAGCUGUGUAUCUGUAUAUAGCUCUACACAACAUUUUUGUGGUACAGAGUCAUUUAAAGCACAUGCCAGGGAAAGAGACCGAAUUUUGCGGUCUUUUACAUACAGUGACUUGGUACGAAGGAGAAUUAAACUCCUACUGCUUCUUCCUCUGAAGAUGAAAAAAAAAAUUCAAGUUCUUAUAACUUCAUAAAACUCAUGAUCAAGUCUGGCAAACAUGUGCAACUCUUAUAUUGAUCCAUUUUCUUGUUGAUGGAAGAAAGCCUUCCACGUGUAUGCAAGUGGGCGAUGAAAAUCUGCAUUUUUAAAGGACAAACAGUGAAUUUAAGCAUGAGUGGCCUUAAUAUAGUUGUCUUUUUUUGCUGCUGUGGAAAGGAUUCUAAGCAGAUGUUCCUGAAGUCUUGCAUUGAUUUUAGUCACUAUUAUUACUUUUUAAAACGUUGGUGCAAUUAAUUCUGGACCUCUCCUGUGAGCCAUAGAGAUAUUUAAAAGUCAGACACCUUAUUUAUCUAUCGGGGAAGACACAACUGUGUCUGGGUUGCACUGUUCAUCCUUGGUGCAUUAGGAGUAAUAUAUUCAAGCAGGUUUCUUGCUUCUGGCUUUGUUCUUGUUGUCAGUCAGUAUCGCGAACUGUGUGAAGCUUUCGUGUUGCAUAAGCAAUCCAAAUACAUUCAUGUUUAAAAAGUUUGUCCUUUAAUUAUCAAAGGGAUCUAGGUCUUGAUCGGAGAAAUGAGCAGAGUUCUUCGCAAAUGUAUUUAGUACAUUUUGGCAUAAGGUCGCUCUGAAAACCCAGGCCACCAACUCGUCCCCAUGAACAGUUUGGGUGUCCUCAACUAGGGGUGAGGUGGCCUCACUGCCUCCUACAGUCAGGUCCUGAUCUGAACUCUGCCCCUGAAUACUUGAAGUAGGAAAUAAGAAAUCCACUAGGGAAUAUAAGGUCCUAGAAACAGAAAAAGCAACCAACUGUGUAUACUUAGCAAUUUCCAAGUAUGUGCCAAUUUUGUCACAGCUGUUGUUUGGGGGGAUCAUUUUUUGCCCCACUUUUGUUGGUUUAAAGUAUUACCAAUCUAAACUUUCUGGGAGCAUAUCAUUUAGUCCCUUAAAAAUUAAACUCUGUCUAACAUAGCAUCCUUUCUCAUUUCAUAUAAUAUUCUCUCAUUUGGGGUGGGGUGAGUUACCAAAAAAAAAUCCCUUUUUACAUAUUAAAAAUAGUCUCUGUGUUUACGACAAACACUGUGAUGUUGGGAAGACGUUUCCUUUGCGCAAACUUUAGCAGGUUUCCCCCUUAAUCAGAAUGAAGUUGAAAAAAAGUUGAGGCUAACGUUUAGGAGAAGUUGGUCUUCUUGCUUUGUGCAAAAGCAGGCUUGUACUUUAUACCCCAUUUGAUUUCGAUGUACAGUCUCGAUUUUGUAUUUAAUGAUUUUUGUGUAUCUAGUAUGCACGUUAACAGCGUGUCAACUUUCAUUUGAAAGUGGGUUUCCAUUUACUUUUUAAACAGUGUUUAUGACGAGACCUCAAAUGUGUUGACAUAAGCUCUAUCUGAGAUGUUUUUGUGUCGAGUGGCGUUUGAAUGCUGCCAGGGGUCAGUGUAUCUAAUUCCCAGAGACCCUCGUUUGAUAGUGCUUCUUGUAAUAUUUCUCCAAGUGAGUGGCAUGUGGGUUGUGAUAUUGACCAUGUGAUUAUGGACUUCGAUAUGAACAAAAUAAAUAAAACUAAGGAACCCUCAGAAA